AUGGGAAACUCCCAGACCAAGGAAUCCCGCUCCGCAGUCCCAUCGCGUCAUCGAAAUCAGCAAUCGUCGCCCGGUGCUUCCGAAGGUUCAGGUCGCCCUUAUCAUGGCUCCCGGACAGCCAGAAGCAGUCGGCCGGAUCUUUCCAUCCUCGGCAUCGGCAGCAGUCAUGAUCGCGAGGGGGCCGCCCCGGAGCACAGGCGGGAGACAAAGCAGGAGCGGGAGGCUCGACGCCUAGAGAAGGAGCGGGUCGCUCGUUUGAAGGAGAGAGAACGCAGCAUGAAGGAAGAACAUGUGGAUGGAGGCUACUUGGUCACCCAGGGUGUCUAUGUAGGGACAGAAGACUACAGUAAGCCGGUCGUGCGGCAAUUGAUGAUCGAACGCCGCCUGGCUCCUUUCUGGCGGGGUCUAGAUGACUUCUCGGAGUCAUGGGCUGAGCAUCAGCUGAUGGCGGCUGCGCGAGGGAUGACUGUCCCUCCGCCCGAUGAAAUACCGCCCGAGCUAGAGUAUAAGUUACCCAAGCCGGGGGACAAACCAACUCUCGAUGCGACCAACAUUCAGCAUCUCACAGUACCGAUCGGGUCCAGGUCGCAAUCCUUGAACUCGGACGCUUCCCAGACUUCUAACCCCCCUCAAUCUCUUCCCUCAUCGUCACCAAUUGCAUCUGGAACUUCAACAUCACCGCUUUUCCGAACCAGAGCAAAGACGCUCGCGGGUCUGACCACUUCCAAGCAUAGCUCGCAAACGGAUUUGUCUCCACGAGAACUCCAACUUCCCAAAGACCCGUUUGUCAAUGGACAACCCAUCGAAGUCAACUUGUACAAAGACGCGAGUGAAUGCCCUAUCUGUUUCCUCUACUAUCCCCCGUACCUUAAUCGCACCCGAUGCUGUGAUCAACCAAUCUGCUCUGAAUGUUUCGUUCAGAUCAAGCGUCCCGACCCGCAUCCCCCAGAGCACGCAGAACCCAAUGCGAAUGCGACUUCAACCGAGGGCCAGCAGCAGGCAGAGGCGACAGAGUCACAACUGGUCUCCGAGCCUUCUGCAUGUCCAUUCUGUGUUCAGCCCGAGUUCGGAGUGACUUAUGCGCCACCCACAUUCCGUCGGGGCCUGACUUAUGCGGCUGACCCGAGUGCCCGACUUUCGCCCAACUUCACCUCCCCCGUAUCAUCCACAUCCUCCUUGGGGGUGUCUACUACCAUUCCGGGCCGCCGCCGUGCCACGUCACUUUCUGCCACAGACCCCACUGUGGUCACGACAGACAAAAUACGACCUGAUUGGGCCACCAAGUUGUCAAACGCCCGAGCCCAUGCAGCUCGUCGGUCUGCGGCUGCCACUGCCCUGCACACUGCAGCCUAUCUCAUCAACCCCGGCUCUGGUAAUGAUUCCCGCGGUUUUGGUAUCGGGCGGCGCGGAAUGCGAAGAGCCACCGGCGGAGAAGGAAACAGCGGCCGGACCGCUUCACCCGCCCUCAAUGCGUUGGCUUUCUUGACUGAGCGCUCUGGUUCCGAUCGCACGCCCCCUCGGGUAGCCCACGAUACGGACUCAGCAUCUGCCGAAGAAGGACCUGGUCACCUGGCAGCUCCGCGCUCAAGCUCAAGGCGUACUCGCAUCGAUGAUCUUGAAGAGAUGAUGAUGAUGGAGGCUAUCCGAUUGAGCUUGGCUAGCGAAGACGAGCGUCUCAAGCGAGAGGAGAAGGAGGCACGGAAAGAGGCCAAGAAGAGAGAGAAGGAGAAGGAGAAGGAAGCCAAAAAGGCAGACAAAGUGGCUCGCAAGACUGGAAUGUACAGCAACAAUGCUAGUACCUCCGCUUUGGAAGUCCCUGGCGAGCACAGUCUAGGCACGGUGGCCAGCCACUCGUCCUCCGUCAUUGGCGAGGACCCCGUUGGGGAAGAACUCGCUACUAGUGGCAAGGGCAAAGGUGUUGAUCGUGCGCCAUCGACCGAGAACCUCAAUCCCAACAGCCUUGAUCCUGCCUCUGCAGCGACCUCGGGCGACAAGUCUGAGCCCUCGCGACAAUCUCAAAACCGCCAAGUCUCCAGCGCAUCCUCCUCUUUCUCGUCCCUCGUGGGAACCACCCCGGAAGAGCGCCCUGGCCACACCGCAGAAGCUAGUACCAACUCGGAGCCUAUGUUUAACUUCCGCAGCCUGGCUGCCGUGAUCGGUGACGAGGAGAAGGGCGAUGAAUCUGCAGAGCAUGUCGAGGAUGCUUCACAUAAGUUGCAGUGCGAGGGAUCCUCUUCCAGCGCCACCCCGUCCAUUCACCAGACUGCCCCGGAACACCCUGAAAUCACACCCAUCAUUGAGUCCCGCACAGAGGCACGCGACGGUCCAGGCAGUCUCCCCAAAGAGCUUGAGACCCGCUCUGUCGAAAUCGCCAGCUCGCCCCACCGUCCGGAGGUUUGA